AUGGCGGGAAUCGACCUGACCCGUCUGUACAACUCAAACAGCUACAGCGACCUCUUGAUCGAGGCUUCCGGGAGAAUCUUUCUAUGCCAUAAGUGCAUCAUCUUCACUCAGUGUGAGGAGUGGAAGAAUUUGCCUUUGGUGGACGGACGUCUCGUCCUGAACGGGGCUAACACCAUCGAAGCAAUCCUCAAGUACAUGUAUUCCGGAACAUAUGAGCCCUUCAACAUUGCUUGCGGCGCCAUCAAACCACAGAGCUUGGACACGAACAAGGAAGGCCCAACCCAUGAGCUUGACUAUAGCGAUCACAGCAUGCUUUUAAGCGCCUGCAUCUUGGCCAGAGCGAAGGCUUACAACAUGAGCAAGCUCCACAAGCAAGCCAAGACCGCGCUCUUGAGCAUCGCACCAAACCUCACCAACCACGCAGACUUCAUCUUCACCGUCUCCUACGUUCUUCAAACCCACCAGGAUGAGGAGGGAAUGCAAAUUGCCGUGAACAUGAUUAAACCGCAAUACAAGAAGGACUUGGGUCUGCGCCGCAGACUCUCGCAUAUACUGAGCAGCUAUCCACGGCUCGCUUGCGUCCUCCUCGAACAGGUCAUAGAUGAGUCACGUGUGAUCAAGAGCGAGCAGAACAUCCGCUAUAUGGCCACUGCCGAAUCCGGUGAAACCUCCGGCGAACCUUCCGGAGCCUCGAGUCUGCAGCCCGCGGCUUCUACGGCGGGAUCCCCGCAGUGGACGCCUCUGCGACUUAUGCGUGCGACUUCCACGAAGCGCAAGGCGGACGAUGACGACCUGGUCACGAUGAAGCACCUCAAACAAAGCGUAGAGCAGUAG